AUGAAUACACAAAGUUCCGAGCAAAUUCUCAACAAUCGACUCCAAGUAAAAACAUCUAUUGAUGUUGUUCGAUGGCUUGCAUUUCAAGGAUUUGCCUUUAGAGGUCAUGAUGAGACCCCUGAUUCAAAAAAUCGAGGUAAUUUUCUUGAGAUGCUUAAACUCUUGGUUUCGUAUAAUGACAAGGUUGGAAAACUUGUUUUAGAAAAUGCUCCUAAAUCUUCAAAGUAUACUUCACCUAAAAUUCAAAAAGAGAUUUUGGAAGUUCUUGCAAAGAAAGUGAGAAAUAAAAUUCGUGAAGAUGUUGGAAAUUCUAAAUUUUGCAUUAUUGUUGAUGAGGCACGAGAUGAGUUUAAGAGGCUAGAGCAAAUGACUAUAAUCUUGAGAUUUGUUGAUGAUGAUGGUUUUAUACAAGAACGAUUUUUUGAUCUUGUACAUGUUAAAGAUAUAUUGGCAUUGACUCUAAAGAAUGAAAUAUCUGCUGUUAUUUCUCAUCAUUGUCUUGAUAUUCAAAAUAUUUAUGGGCAAGGAUAUGAUGGUGCUAGUAAUAUGCGUGGUGAAUGGAAAGAAUUGCAAGCAUUAUUUUUUAAAGAUUGCCCAUAUGCAUACUAUGUUCAUUGUUUUGCUCACCGAUUACAGAUAGCAUUAGUUGUUACAUCUAGAGAGGCAAUACAAAUUGCACAUAUGAUAGCUAUUGAUGAACUUGAAAGUGGAAAAGGAAUUAACCAAAUUGGCACUGUCAAACGAGCAGAUUUUCAUAUGCAAGAACUUGACAGUAGGCUUGGUGAAGGAGAAACAAAGCUUUUAGCCCUUAGCUCAGCUUUGGAUCCAAAUGAUGCUUAUAGAUCCUUUAAUAUUGAUGAUAUCUGUUGUCUGGCAGAAAAGUAUUAUUCUCUUGAUUUUUCUGAGAACGAGAAAAUUAAUUUAAGAUUUCAAUUGAAGUAUUUUAAAGUUGAUGUGCUUACUAAUCCGAAGUUUCAGAGUUUGUCAUCCAUUGCAGAUUUAUGUCGAAGAUUGUUAGAGACAGAGAAAUAA